AAAUAUGAAGAUGGUACUUGUUUGGGUUUUUAUGCCGUGUGGUACAAAUUUACCGACGUUUCAGAGUUGUUUGUUUACUCAUCGCCUUGAUGAUAGAGGCUACAAGCACUUCUAAAAUAUAGGUAGCAAAAGUUGGUAGUAUUAACCGAUGACUAUUCGUAUGGCACAUUCGAAGAAGUCAGGGUUUUUUUUAUUAUUGUUUAUAGAUGAUUUCAUAGAUAACUGACCUAGUAAUAUUACUUGGAUGUCCAUGGUUCUCAUCUUUGCUAACUAAGGUUUGGCUUAUCUAUCUCGUGACGGUUCUCCGAUAAGAUGGCGGAAAGUGGAUAUUGUCUAUCAGCUCUUCUUUCGAUAUGUUUUUUAAUGAAUAUCAUUUGCAGUGCAUAUUCAACAGAAUUUGUUCCUGUGUUUAUGUGGGAAUCAUUAAGUAAGUCACAUCCAAUAAAGGAAGUUCCUGCAUUAGCUACAGUAAGUGCUGAUGAUUUCAAGCAUAUUUUGAUGGAAAAACUUGAAAGGAAACCAGUAGUUGUCAUCUUUGCUGAAGAAAAUCUCAGUGUGGAGGACUUUACUUGGCAAAAUGAAGCAGGACAAAGUGCAUUCCCUAACUUGGAGAACAUAAGCGCUGUAGCCGAUGGACUGACGUAUUUGCCGUUUGUUCACGCUCCCCUUCGUGCAUUCCAUCAUCACCUGCCGCUGCACCAACAGGAUUGGCAUCACUUGAAACUCGGGCGCAGUGGCUUCAGCAAGGAUGCUGUGGCGUUGAACGAGACCUUGUUUUUCGUACAUCUUGAUGAUGCUACUGGUGAUGAAGAUAGACUAGAUCUUCUUAAACGACAUGAUGCUGUCAUUUCCCAGAUGUUCAGUAUGCUUGCAGAACACCACAGAGAUGUAUUAGCAGUGUACACUGCUCAUCACUCAUCUUGGCAGUCUGACGACGAGACGCUGACUAGGAGAGUACGCAACUUGCUUGCGACUGACCUUGCGUUAGGGGACAGAAGUGGAUAUGGGAAUAAUGACACCCUCCUCUAUGCGCCAACCAUGAUCUUAACCGUAGAACAAGAGGAAAGUAUUACUCUUGCAAAUGGAACCGUAGAAGGGAAUGAAGAUCUCGUCAUUAGUUUUCCCGAUAAUAUUACUGUGACAUUCUCAUUUGAAAACACGGACAGCCCAGGUUAUUGGAGUUUGCGUAGCGUAAUUGUUACAGUAGAUGAUAAAACAUACGCCAUCGAUGAUGUGAAGGUUGGAGCACCUUUAGAGUUUUCAUACCAUUGUAGUCAAGGAGUAAUUUUGGAUGGCAGAAACAUGACACUUAACAUUAAUAGUGGCUUCCAGAUACAGCCGUAUGCUGAUGGAAGAAGAUUUGGAGCUGCUUACGAUUGUGUUUAUUUUUUUACUGUUCCGAUAUGGUCGGGGAUAUUUGUGUGUGUAAUUUUUUCCAUAAUUAUGAUUUUUGGUCUUGGAAUGAUAAUGGAUAUAAAAUCCAUGGAUAGUUUCGAUGAUCCAAAAGGGAAGACUAUUACAAUCACUGCUUCAGAAUAAACAUUCAACUUUGUGAUUUUGCUGUUGGGCAUAAAAUGACAAAUAACAUAUUGGGACACCAAAAUAGGAAACGUACCAUAUUUACCUGAAUAUGAGGUAGUUUUUGGUGUUUCGAAAGGUGUUGAAAUUUAGGGUUUACAUUGUAAUUUAGCUGCACGGAGCAACAAUUUUGGUACACGUCCAAACUCAUUGAAAGCCACGCAGUUCAUAACAUUCCAUAAGUGUAUACAUUUCAUUUAUUCUUUUACAAAUAACUUGGAGAAUAUUCCUUUUGUUGGAUACUUCCAUGUCUGUAGCGCUGUUAACAGUAUAGCUGUUCAGAUUGUAGUCUUCUGCGUUGUGACUGUGUAGUCUCAUCAUUUUAGAGGAACAUUGACAACCAUCUGCAAUAUUACACGAUGUCACAACCGAGAAAUCACAGUCUGAAUAUUUGCAACCGUGAAAACUUCAUAUCUCUCAUAAAAUAUUUGUACAGAAUAUAUGGAUUUAUUUGUAUUGAUUGAUUUCAGGUAAAUAUGGUAAUUCACUGCAGUUAUGGUAGCUAUUAAAUUACAAUUAAUAUAGUUAAAGAAUGAAUAUAAGACCAUUUUUAUUAUACUAGUCACUCAUUUUGAGCUCAAUGAGCCAAAAUACAGUAUUAAAAUUUGCCCAUAGUGAAAAUAUGUGUGAAGCUGUUGGUCAUAAAAUGCAAUAUGUACAGCAUAAAGAAGCUUUAUGUAGAUAACUGAAUAGUAGGUACUCAUUUCUUGAAAUAACUUGCCAGACGUAUAGUUUUGUCACGUUCAGUUAUAUUUGACUAUAUCCAGUAAAACUAUGCCCUUGUUUUCAAGAAAACAAAAGAUUUAAUUUAUGGGCAGUGCCAUAUAUCGGGAAAGAAUUAAGUCGUCUCUCGGUACUAGUCGCUAUAGUAAUUAUAAGGUAGGAAGUCACUUGGCAACUCAUGUUGGCCGUGGUACUUGCACACAAAAAAUAAUUAUGUAUUAUUCAUGUUAAAUGUAUUAACUGAUACCUCUUGUGUAUAUAAUAUUGUACCUGAUUGUGGUAGAUUUUGCCUUUGUUAUUCUUGAAGGACAUUUAAUAUUGCAAGUUUUGGGGUGAUGGUAAUGCUCUCUGCGGCUGAUGGCUUUUGUUUCUGCAUCAAUUCAUCAAGAAAACUUCAUGCUGGACCCCAAGUAAAAUCUGGGGAGAGUAAAUAACUUUGGAUUUGUGUCAGAAUUGUGUUUUAAUAUUUUGAAAUGUGUUUUUCUACAAACUGAAAAAUUAUUUUCAGGAAAAUAACAUUUUUGUUUUACUGAAAUAAUUGAGAAGUUCACCUCCCCACAAUUUUUCUUUCUUCAAAUUGUGUAUACUGAAUUACAUUUCCUGUAGGGAAGGUCUAUUCAUCAUACUUAAUUAUACUUAAAGAAAUACUUUGUAGUCUAUCAAGGACUUGUAAUAUGUUGCUAUGUUUAUGUUCUUUGCAACAUACUGUUGGUAUUUCUUAUGUUGAUGUCAGUAAUGUGCAUACAGGAGGAAAGUGUCUCCAAUAGGAGAAUGGAAAUUUAACUAAACUGUGCAUAACAUUAUCAUUAAUCAUGAUAAAUUUUAAAAUUAAUGCUGUACUGAAUGUUUAUCAAAGAAUGCUAAAUUCCAUUUAUGCAACUUCUUUUUUAUGUCUAUCUAAGUCACCUUGUAAGUCAGUAUUUGUGCUCUUAUGUAAAGUGGUCAUUAAAACUUUGAUCUAAUCUAGGA